AUGGGUGCCGGUGUGUGUGAUUUAUGCCAUGUGAACCCAAAGUUUGUGGAUGGGGGAAAAACGUAUCCGUAUUGCGGGAAGGCAUGUGCCUCAAGGGCUAAAGCCAGGGGGGCACAGGUACAGGGCCAUGCAGCUCCGUCUGGCGGUUGCGCGGUUCCAGGGUGUCCCAAAGCGCCCUUCGUAGAUGCGACCGGUAAGGCAGGUCUCUACUGUGGGCGAUCGCACGCAGAGCUUGCGAAGAAUGCAUGCCUUGUAUGCCACAAGGCUCCCAGACAUGGCCAUUAUCCAUGGUGUGGAAAAACAUGUGGUGCCAAAGCCGAAAGUCAGGCUACGCCUUUGUUGAAGGUACCCAAGGGCCACGUUAUGUUCCAAGACGUUGAGGCACAAUUCAAAACGUCGUGGAAACUCCCUUUAUGUUCGCCCCCAGAAGUGAAGUAUAUAUACAAAAUUGUGUGGUCGCCUUCUUCUCGCGCUAACUACGACAAGUAUCGAGCAUCGGUCGAGGCACGAGGCAAUUUCACGGCGAAAGGGCUUUCCGCAGGCAACGAAUGCAGGCGCUGGCAUGGUACCGUCCGGGAAUGUCACGUUGGAGAGCCAGGCCACGACCAGCUCUGUGGAUCCCCGACAUGCAGGCUUUGCACCAUUAUGAAGACGUCCUUCCAUUUAAGCACGGCUGGUAAAAACUUUGCACUGCUCAGAUUUGGUCCUGGUAUUUACACGAGCUCUGAUUCCGCCACAUCCAAUGGGUACUCUCGCAAUACCCAAACAUCUCCUGUGAAAGCUCUGCUUCUGAAUAAAGUCGUCGUUGGAAAGUGCCACAAGAAUCCCACGUUCAACCCAUUAUUGAAAGCAGCGCCUGCAGGAUACGACUCGGUGGUUGCUCCCGCAAUAUUAUUUGCUGGUGGUGAUGAACUCAUCGUGUACGACGACGAUGCUACCCUUCGCAGUUCUCGACUUCUCGACACUCUAUCGUUCAUGGGUUCUGCGACUUGUGAUUUCUGUCAUUCAAAGCCGAAGUUUGUGCAAGGGGGGAAGACACAUCCCUACUGCGGAAAGACGUGUGCUGGAAAAGCUAAGGUUAAGGGUGGAGUACACCCCUCUCAAGCUGGAGGUUGUGCUAUUCCAGGGUGUCCCAAAGCGCCCUUCGUCGACGCGACUGGGAAGACGAGCCUUUAUUGUGGAGUGGCCCACAGAGAAUUGGCAAAGAAUGCUUGCCUCAUGUGCCGUAAGGCUCCCAGGAAUGGUCACCAUCCCUGGUGCGGAAGGACGUGUGGCGCCAAGGCUGAAAGUCAGGCUACGUUGUUGCUAGAAGUUACCAAUGUUCAUGCAACGUUCAAAGAUGUUGAAGCGCAAUUUAAAGCUUCGUGGAGAAACCCUUCGUCUCCACCUCCAGAAGUGAAGUAUAUAUAUAAAAUCGUUGAAUCAGCUACCUCUCGAGCCAGCUAUGACAAGUACCGUGCAUCGGUUGAAGCACGAGGUAACUUCGCUGCAAAGGGGCGGUCCGCAGGCAACGAAUGCAGGCGCUGGCAUGGUACCGUCCGGGAAUGUCACGUUGGAGAGCCAGGCCACGACCAGCUCUGUGGCUCUGGAACAUGUAGGCUUUGUACCAUCAUGAAGACAUCCUUCAAUCUUAGUGCGGCUGGCAAGAACUACGCCACCCUUAGGUUUGGCGCAGGCAUCUAUACAUCAUCUACUUCUGCUACGUCGAAUGGAUACUCCCGCAACACUCAAGCUUCGCCUGUGAAGGCACUGCUUCUUAAUAAAGUCGUUGUAGGAAGGUGUCUCAAGGAUGGAACAUCGAAUACUGGUUUGACAGCUGCACCCGCGGGAUAUGAUUCUGUUGUGGCUACCGCCAAUACCUGGGGAGGGGACGACGAAUUGAUAGUCUACAGUAAUGAUUCCGUCAGACCAUCUUACUUGGUCAUGUACGCUGCCUAA